AAUCCAUCCCAGCCCACCUCUCUCCAUUACAUGAGCCCCUACCAACUGAAUGACUACGCCAUGGCGCUGCGGGCCAUCGGAGAGAUCAUUCAGGACUAUGACAGCGACAAGAUGUUUCCAGCUCUGGGCUUCGGUGCCAAGCUCCCCCCAGAUGGACGUGUCUCCCACGAGUUUCCCCUGAACGGUAAUCCACAGAACCCAUACUGCAAAGGAAUUGAUGGGGUAAUGGAGGCCUACUACCAGAGCCUGAAGAGCGUACGCCUGUAUGGACCCACCCACUUCUCCCCUGUCAUUAAUCAUGUGGCCAGGUAUGCAUCAGCCGUGACAGAUGGCUCACAGUAUUUCAUCCUUCUCAUCAUCUCGGACGGAGUGAUCACUGACAUGGCACAGACCAAAGAGUCCAUAGUAAAUGCUGCGUCUCUGCCCAUGUCCAUUAUAAUAGUUGGAGUUGGACCAGCAGAAUUUGAUGAGAUGAUUGAGCUUGACGGGGAUGAGGAGAGGAUAUCAUCCCAAGGAAGAUACGCUGAAAGGGACAUUGUUCAGUUUGUUCCUUUCAGGGACUACAUCGACCGACGAGGAAACCACAUCCUCAGCAUGGCUCGCCUGGCUAAGGAAGUGCUAGCCGAAAUACCCGACCAGUUUCUAUCCUACAUGAGGACCCGAGGGAUCAAACCGGGCCCCCAGCCGCCACCUUACACACCCUGCCCUCCUCCAGCCAUCCACCCCCUCCACACUAGACGGGUGAGCCGGAUCUAAAGGCCAAGACCCCACCCCUCAUGUUGGCUGGCCAGCUUCUUAUCUUCUCUUUGAGCUUCCUUUUCUUGCUAUAGUCUUCACUGGAAGCUUCUGAGCACACGGUGAACUUCACCCGCUGUCUCAUGUAGCACUUCCAUGAAAGCCUGGCUGCAAUGUGUAGUCUUAUCUGGAAUGCUGCCAUGUUCUAAAGGACGGGACUUUGCAGGAUUUUGCACUGGAGUAUAUUGAAGGGUUGUGAUGGUUUGAAAUCAGUGGAGCGAGAAAGCAGGAUGGCUUCCAGGCUGAAAGAGUCCAAACUACUAAGACUCUCUUGUGGAAAACACUGUCCUUUUUUCUCUAUUCUUCUGUAUCCACUUCCUCAAUCUUUCACAAAAAAACUCUUGAUACUUAAAUGUUUACAAGUGAAAAGCUGGGAGGUUUUUUUCAGGUGAAAAACAAUUUAUAUCAAUCAAUGUGAAAAGCUUUUAGAUCCCUAUUUUUCACCCUGCUAAACCAGGAGGUUGUGAAUUUAUUUAAAACUUUUUUUUUAGUUAUCUUUUUGUACAGUGAAUAUCUGUUCUCUUUACAUAAAUAGAGCAUGUUUUAGUUUAGGAGAAGCAUGUGCUGUUGUCCAACACUCAGGGCUUGAUCCCUUCACACCGCCGCCACCGCCGCUGCUACGUUACACCACAAACAAACCCAUCCCCCUGCCUCAGAUCUUCCCUCCUUUGCUCCGUCCACCUGCAAUGACUCGAAAAAGGAAGCUGUGCUCUCUGGGAGUCUGGUCAAAUCAAAAUGCAGCAGGGACUCGAACAAGCCUUACUGUUCUGUCAGAAAACAUUUCACAGGCACCCGUAUCCACCGUGGCUUCUGAAAACGAGGCUCUCCAAGCCCAGCAGUCAAAAACACGUCAUUACAGAGUUGGACUGUGAGCUGCGAUCUACAGCCUUGUUAUUUUUCUGGGAAAACACUGCACUUCAGAGGCAUUGUCGUGUUUUUGUUACGUCUCUCUACCUCUUACUUUAUUCUGUACAAAAACUACAUUGUUUGUUUUGUUGUAAAUAAUAAUUCUUGUAAUCUACAUUAGUUAACCCAAGUAAGGGUUACUUUUCUCACCAAUUAUCCUAGAGAAAUGCCAAAAUGCUGGUUUAGACCUUUCUCUGCACUUGGUUUCUAUCAGAUCAGGUGACUCAGACCUUAGUGGUAGCAACAUUCUCUAAAUAUGUGCACAAAACAGAAAACCAACUGAUGAAUCUCAAACUUCUCAGCCAAUACGGUUCACUUAGACUAAAAGGACUCUCAGAACUCAUUAAAAUGCUUUAAAAGAGUUUUUUCUUCAACUUCAGAUCUUCAUAUCAUCAAACAAAUUUGAAUAUCGGUCAAAGAUAACCUGAGUAAAUAGAAAAGUCCUUUAAUUACUGGAAUCGCUUAUUAAGGGAAACAUCAUCCCAAACCAGCUGAACCAGUGUCUUGGAGUGAUCGCCUCAGAAAGUUUCUGUGGCGAUAACUUUAGCCCGCUUUAUUUGCAGAGUUGUUCUAAUUCAACCACACUGAUGGGUUAAACGGCCUACCAAAGGUUAUGAUACAUCUGUAUUAUGGGAUUCAAAUCCAGACUUUGAUAAAAACACUACAAUUGUUUAACAUUUGUGGUAGUUUUUUUUUUAAUUUUUUUUAGCUAUUCAACCAGAAAAUACACUGAAAAAAAUGUAAUGCAACCGCUUUUUACUUAAUGCUGGUGAAGAUUCUCAGUCAUGCAGGUCAUAGUCAUUCUGUAAAAGUUUUUGAAUUAAGAAAACUUCCUGGAGGGAAAGCGAAACGUCUUCAAACCUUGAAAACAAAGUCCAGUUGAUUGUUGUUUUUUUUCAAACUUACACGGAAGUGUUACUUAAUCAUAUUUAGUUACUUUAACACCAUUGUUUCAUGUUAGAAGGGUAGGACAUAAAAUAAUUAUGACAGACUAAAUGCCAAAAACCGUUGCAUUAUUUUUUUCAGUGUAGUGGGCCUAAUUGGGUUUGUCCUGCUUUGUAAUGACAGUCAGACAUGAGGUGAAAUAGGACAAACCCCUGCCAAAAUGUAUCUCUUUUGUCUCAUCCGUAGACAACAUUUGUCCCCUAAAGUACUGGGGUUCGCUGAGAUGAAACAUUUUGAGAUUUUGUGUAUUUUGUGGGUAGGGGAGGAUUUCUUCUUUGCUGUGAGCUUUCAAAUGAAAGACAUGAAAGUCACCCUGAGGUAAAUAGGGCUUGUUCAGCUUAAGAUGUUGAUCUGGGCUUUUUGGUGACAUCCUGAAAAGUCAUUAACUUAAAAACUUAAAAAAGCUUAUUUUUUUAUCAAUCAGGAAGCUUAUGGACUUAAUUUUUAAAAUUUCCAUUGAAAAUACGUUCUUUAUUUCAACAACAAAUGGAACAAAAUCCCAUCCAUACCACUUUAGCAAUUACUCAUUUACUUUAAACAUUGGUUGCAAUAUUUUUUAUUAAAACCAAAUUUUUAUUUAAAAGAUGUGUUUACUCAGGUGAUCUUUGUCAAACAAGCUAAAACAUGCAGUAAAUCUGGCAAAAAAAGUAAUGUAUAAGGGAUUAAAUCCUUUUUAAAGCAAUGUUUAAGUCCUUAGAGGAGUCAUUAUAAAAGGUUCUAGGGAUAGAGGGGCUCUCUAUAGGGUGUUUGAAAAAAAUAGUUCCCAAAAUAAGAACAACAAAACUUUUUAGGUUGCCAGCUAAAUGAAUAAAAUUUACCUGACAUGGAAGAAAAGGGAAAUGGGAGAGGUUGAAAUAGGAUUUAACAGCAAAAGUAGGAUGUUUAAGCAGACAUUUGGUUUCUUUGUAAUAUUACCUAUUUCUAUUAGAUAUAAAAUAAUUGGACUCCUGUCCUGCUCAUUAAAGUCCAGUUGCACUCAACUGAACUAUGGCAAAAGAGCAUCACAUCUGUCCCAAACAGACCCUGCCUUACGUAACAGCUUUUUAAGGAACACAGACACGCUUCCUGUUACUCUUUCAUAUCGUAAGUGUUCAUCUGAAUGGACCAUUUUCCUUAAGGUCAUUCUGUAUUUCAUGUGCUCAGGCAGGCGCGGUCUCUUUGUGAAAUAACGCUAGAUACAUGGGCCUUAAGGUUUAUUUGUUUUUCCGAGACGUUUUUUUCCAUCAAAGCUUGUCAAACUGAUUUUAUACGCCAUCAUAUUUUUUUCAGGGGGUUGUUUAUACAUUAGUUCAACACUAAAUGGUGGGAGGGAAAAAACAAGACACAUUUUGCUGGCAGAAUUUCUAAACAUUGAAGAAAAAAGUUCUUCAAAAUUUAAAUGUCUUCUUUUAACCAUCUAGACUUUGUGACAGCAGCAGCAUCUUUUCCCUUUCAUUAGAACAGUUUCAGUGGACUAAAUUUGCAGCCUUCACGUUUACCUUAGAUUCCGACUGAUUGCUGAAGUAAAUAUUUUGAAUUAAACAUUAAAAAUUUAAAGCGAUUACAACUAAUAACUCAGGAUGCAUGAAAAUUACACCGGUAAAAUGUUAACCAAUACAGAAAUGUUAGACAUAGUUGGAAAGCUUAGAUUGUCCACAAUUGAACCACCAAGUUUGUUGUAAGGACACAGCGAGCACCAAAGCACAAUUAACAUAGAUGUAGCAGCACGUCAAAAUGUAGACAUGACAAAGCAGCCCCAAAAAGCAAGCAUGUCUUUACUACUGCUGUUCAAAAAAGACCUAUUAUUUUUCCAGAAAAAACAGAACAAC